AUGGAGGCGGAGGGAGUGGACUCGCAGGGGAGGGCGUUCAGGAACGCGGGUGAGAUGUGGAGGGAGGAGAUCGGUGGCGACGGAGAAGGCAGCGAGGACGCCGCCGGUGGUUACAAGCGCAACGAGUGGUAUCGCAAGGGCAUUACCUACUGGGAAGUAAUCCUCCUCCUCUCUCUCUCCCUCUCUCUCUCCCUCUCUCUCUCUCGCUCUCUCUUUAUAUGUAUAUAUAUCUAUCUAUCUAUCUCAUCUCGCUCUCGCUCUGUUAUUUGGUCCUGUUUCCUUUAUGCGCAUUCGGAGACGGUGUAUCCGUGAUUCUAAGGGGGGUGGUAAUCGGUUUGCUUCUACAGGGAGUCGAAGCAUCAGUGGAAGGGGUGUUGGGAGGUUACGGGUGCGUGAACGAAGUUGAUGUGAAGGGAAGCGAUGCCUUCCUCAGAACUCUGUUGCCCGAGCGGUUUGGUGCAGAGAAGCGGCACCUUGUUGCACUUGGUAUUUUUUCACUCGACUUCGACAUAUUCUUGUGUCCCUCUUGUGUUACUAGUUUUGUGAACUCCAUGAGAGUUUUUUCGCGCCUCAGAGUGAUAGUUGCUUCAAUCGGGGUAGGCGGCCGGCAGAUGAGGACGGAUGGUUUAUAACUGAGUCUGUAAAUUUGCUUGUCUCAUGAUAGAGAACAUCGUAUAGAAACAAGAAAAUUUAUAUAAACUUGGUUGUCUUGAAAAUGCGUCUGUAGAUUUUCCUAGUCUCAUAAUUGUGCCCCUUGUAUGAUAAAUGGUUAUGAACUGACAAGGAAACCUCCUUCCGCGGAACACCAUCUUAAAGAGUGAAGUCAACAUAAAAGAUUUGAGAUUGAUUGUUUUCUCAUGAUGCACAUGAGAAAUCAUUGAGAUUUAUUGUAGUAUGGAUCAAAAAAAGGACGACAGUCAUUGGGAUUUACUUCAGAGAAGCUAUGUACAGUUGGUUUGAAUGUGAGGAUACACAUUUCUUUUCAGUACUCCUUUUUUCAAAAGCAAACUUUUUUUAAAAAAAAUAUUUUCAGAAUUUUUAUUAUUAUUUGAGAAAUAGGUGUUUGUUGGCUCGAGCUACUAUAUUUUUUUUCUGAUUACUCCGAUGGCACAGAUUGUGGUUCUGGGAUCGGAAGAGUGACCAAGAACCUUCUCCUUACGUAUUUCAAUGAGGUGGGACUCUUAAUGUUGCCAUACGAUUAUAUUAUCAUGAGAAUUAAUUAUUGACUGCUUCAAAUUAUUGUUUUACACAUCUACAGCAGUGCAUUCCUACGUAUUGUCCUUUAUUAUCUAGUGGAAGUUUUUAUGGGGAGAGUUGGAAUUUAGUUCCACGGUUCUGUUUUCAUUCAAAUGAUUCAAAAUAAUUGAAAGCAUGGUUUUUCAAAUCAGCUCGACUGGGGAAAUUUGUGGAAAUUGGGAGGGUAAAAGUUAAUCUUAAAUACAUGGAUGGUACUCAAACACUAAAAGAUUCAUGAAAACUCGCGCAACUCUUCUGCAGUUGUUCCAGAGCAAAAUAUUAAAUAUUCUAGAUUCAUGGACUGCAGCCUCAAGGCAUUCUAUGCCAAAUUUUCUAGGGUUGAAAUAUUUCUUCAUUGAAUGAAAUUGGUGUAAAUAAUAUCAGGCAAAUUUUUGUUUGAAAAAAUUCAGAGCCCGGUUACUCUUUUAUAUUAUACUGACAAUCAUUAAAUGGUUGGAUGUGACUUGUAGGUUGAAAGAGAUUUUUCAAAGGACUCGAAAAUUUUGAGAUAAAAUUGUAAAUUUUAAUCUUAAUUUAUUGUGAAAGAUGUAUGUACAAUUUAAUGUUAUCCAACUAAUGUGUUGAGAUUAUAUUACGAUCUAAAAGAAUAUGCAAUGAAUUAUAUAAGCCGUUGAUACCAUUCACAGCAACACAAACGUUGUAGGCAAGCACAGAGCCUUCCUCAUUGACAGCAACACAAACAUCCUCACAAUGGCAGAAGAAACCCUACCAUAUAGUCACAAAGGGAAUAGUUUACAAUUAUCUUUCUGAAAGUCAAUUUCUUUGGGAAUUUUUAGAUGGUCAAAGGCAUCCUGAAGUUGGCGGUUAAUAUGAAUUCGAAAAUGAUGAGGACUAGUUAAUUUACUAUCUUGGCUCUUGCCCUAACUAACUAGAUCCCUUUUUUUUCAUAUAUAUAUUCUUUUUAAAAAAUAAGGGUUCUAUCUGACUCACCCAAGGCCAACUUUUGAAAUCAUACUGCUAACUUUUUGACUAAAACCAUUGAUGAAACUGUAUUUAUCCUUGGCGUAUUCGCUUUUUCACUGCAUCCUUGUCCGAUGACCAAGAAAGAAGUGCAGAGUUUCCGAUCAUAUUGUGCACUGUUCCUCUCUUCGUACUUCACUUUGCUUUUGUUCACGUAGCCAUAUAUUUCCCUUGGAAUCGAUACAAGAGGUGAACUGACGACACCGAAAUCUCCAGGUUGACUUGCUCGAGCCUGUAUCGCAUUUUCUUGAAGCUGCUCGUGAGAGCUUAGCUCCUGAAGGCAGUGUGGCCGAUGAUGCCCACAAAGCUGCCAACUUUUACUGCAUCCCUCUUCAGGUUGCCUACAUUAACUGACCCUCUAAUCUCCAUCUCUACUCUGGUUUAGGCCUUUCUCUUAGUCAUCAUUUACCUCUCUUUUGUAUACUCAUGACAGGAUUUCACUCCUGAAAGGGGAAGAUAUGACGUCAUAUGGAUUCAAUGGUGUAUAGGGCAUCUUACUGAUGAUGACUUUGUCUCCUUCUUCAAACGAGCAAAGGUACAUGAACUACUAUGAUUUGCUUGUCAUGCUGCACACUUCAAUUAUUUUGUCUUAGCUUGUUUUACUAUUCAGUAAAUAAAAAUAAAAAUAAAAGAAGAAAAUCUCGUCUGAGCCUGUUUUUUCACGGUGAAUCAAAGGAAAAUUCCUGAGAAAUAUUUUUCGGUAGUCAACAAACGGGGUCAACCCAGCACCACCAUCGGCAUGAUCUUUCUUUAAUCUCCUCUAGAACUGUUCUUCAUGGGUGGUGCUCUUUUAGUAAAUAAUUUGCGCAUAUUUGGCAAUAUGGUCAUUUAAAGUUUUUAUAUCUCUAUGGAAUAUGAUUAUUUUAAAGGAAACAUUAAGGGUUCUUCCCAUUUAAAGAUUAUCUCUGCCAAAGUUGUCAUGUAAAUUAAUAUCCUUGAAGAUGACAAAAACAGAAAUCAUGAUAGAUUCACCACUCUGAAAAUUAAUAUUUAUGUUUAUUAAUUAUUUCAUCUAACCUGUUACGAACCAUUUUGGGAAAGAAACAUACUUCGUAUUCCAUAUUUGUGGGAAAAUCCCAUCAAUUUCUCUUGAGCUUAAUAAUCUAUAAGCUAAUCAUUCUUUUUUUUUUGCAAAAAAAAAUCCUUAAUAUUUAUGUUUAUUAUUUACUUCAUCUAACCUUUUACGAUCCAUUUUGGGAAAGAAAGAAACGUACCAUCAUGAUGUCACUUGCUCCUCCUGUUGUAUUCCAAAUUUGCUAGAAAAUCCCAUCAUUUUCGCUCGAGCUUAAUAAUAUAUAAACUAAUAAUUCCUUUUUUUGGAAAAAAAAGCUUUAAUAUUUCUGUUUAUUAUAAUUUACUUCAUCUAACCUGUUACGAGCCAUUAUGGGAAAGAAAGAAACGUACCAUUAUGAAGCCACUUGCUCCUCCUAUAUUCCAAAUUGGUUACAAAGCCCCAUCAUUUUCACUCGAGAUUAAUAAUAUAUAAAUUAAUCAUUCCUUUUUUUCAGGUUUUAAUCUUUCGUGUAAUAUUACCCGCUUCAAUAUUCGUUCAUUUCAUUGAAUUCUAACGAAUGAGCUGCUUGAUUUGUCUCUUUUAUGUGGUUCCACUCAGGUCGGCCUCAAACCGAAUGGAUUUUUCGUGGUCAAAGAGAACAUUGCCCGAAAUGGUACGCCAUCCAAAACAUCAUUUCCAUUAAAUAUUUUUUAUUUAAUGCGCACUAAUAAAAUCAAAAAAUUAUCGGGAAAAUUAAAUCCAAUAAAUGCACUUCAUAAGUACUUCAUAAAUCCAAAUAAAUAUUGCAUCAAUUUGAUCAUUAAAUUGGUUUGAUUUUUCUGUAAGGCACAGGAAAAUCCAUCUUUUUAAAUUAAAACCUUAUUUAUUUAUUUAUUGGAGAAAUCACUGCUAUUGCAGGGUUCGUGCUGGACAAGGACGAUCACAGCGUAACGAGAUCUGAUUUCUACUUCAGGCAGCUGUUCGGCAGGUGUGGGCUCCACGUCUGCAAGACCCGGGUAUGCGUAUGAAGAUAAAUAAAGCAAUAAAUAAAUGCGUUAAUUAAUCGGUCAAUAUUACCUCUGAUCUUUGUGGGCGACUUUAUGUGAAAACCAGGAUCAGAAGGGGCUCCCCCAGGAGCUCUUCUCCGUGAAGAUGUACGCAUUGUCAACGAAGAGCCCUGGUCAGAGCAAGGCUCACUCCAAUACGCCCGCCAUCAUCAGGUGA